UAGCCGUCUGCCAUACCGGGUUUCGUCGCUCCCACUUGACGGCUGCCGAGUCCUAGCCGCUUCUCGCAGUUCCAAGUUGGCCGGCAUCCCUUCGCCAUCGUUUGCGGACCCUGCUCUCUCGCUUUCGAGCCUUGACGCCGAGUACCAUGGCCGCUACCGGCGUAGAGACCGCCGCGACGAAACCCUCCCAGAUCCCUACCUCAAGCAGACCGGCCGCAUUGGAGGCUGUCGAGGACAUCGUUUACGGUUCCAUCGCAGGCAUCGUCGGCAAAUAUAUCGAAUAUCCCUUCGACACCGUCAAGGUCCGGCUGCAGUCCCAGCCUGAUCAUCUUCCUCUCCGCUACACCGGCCCGCUCGAUUGCUUCCGCCAGUCCAUCCGGGCCGACGGCUUCCUAGGAUUGUAUCGUGGAAUCAGCGCUCCGCUUUUCGGAGCGGCCGCUGAGACGAGCAGCCUGUUCUUCUUCGAGCGCAUCGGCCGCAGCGUCUUGUACACGUCGGGGUACUAUUCGCGUGAUAGAGUGCUCCCCCUCCCGGCCCUCUGGUUCACCGGCGCAUUUUCCGGCGCCUUCACGUCCUUCGUCCUGACCCCGAUCGAGCUCGUCAAGUGUAAGAUCCAAGUACCCACUACGAACAGCCCGGAUGGCAUCGCACGUAAGGCGCCGAGCGUCACGUCGGUCAUCCGAGACGUGUAUAAGCACGAGGGCGUAAAGGGCUUUUGGCACGGGCAGAUGGGUACCUUCCUCCGGGAAUCCGGCGGCUGCGGCGCCUGGUUUGGCUCCAAAGAGACCGUGACCAAGAUGUUCUACCUCUGGAACGAGCGGUCGGCUACAACACAAGCAGAAAAGGACUUCUUGGCCACCGAAGCCUUGCCGCUAUGGCAGCAGGCAGUGGCGGGAGCCACCGCCGGCAUGUCGUAUAAUUUCCUAUUCUUCCCAGCCGAUACCGUCAAGUCACGCAUGCAGACUUCGCCAGUCGGCGGCUCUGCCCCGCCCAAAACCUUUUGGCAGGAGGGCAAAGCGCUGUGGAAUCAGCAUGGGCUUCGUGGAUUGUAUCGCGGGUGCGGAAUCACGGUGUUGCGGUCGGCGCCUAGCUCGGCCUUCAUCUUCAUCGUCUUUGACAGCUUGAAGCGCUAUUUUCCUCUGUAAGUCGACAUUACUAGACACCGAACGGGUUAUCUGCAUAGAGGUGCAAUCUAGAGGAGUUUGGGUGUUGCGAUGCGACUCGUUCACGUAAAGACUAGAUACAAUAGGUAGAUGGAAUAAAGAGGAGCAUGCGGUAUUUGCCCCAUGCUGAAGUACAGGGUGGGUGAACAGGUAUGAGUUGCAGAAUCUACUGGCCCCCCCCCUCCAAUGACUUAGAUGUCAUCGUUCCGGGCUAUAGCGACUCAACCUUUGCCCCUUUUCACCCAUCUCUCGUAGUGGUGACCCCGGGGUAGGCGGCCCGUCGCAUCCGAGCCUUCUCC